GCGCGCACUCUCGCGUGUCUGCGUACGCGUGUACACCUACUUACUUACGUAGUCAGGUGGAAAGACGCGACGUUUAAUCUCGAACGUGUUUGCGAACAAAUUUUAAAUAACUUUUAUCUCGUACGUUUGCUUUAUUCGUGCAAAGAUCGUGAUCGUUUCCGUCCGCGGAAAAUCUUUUCCUCGCGAAAGCACGCGUCUCUUUCGAGCCUCGAGUCGAACGCCUCGAUACGUUCAGGUAUCUUUCCGUCGAUAGUUGGACAAUAUCGGUUGGAAAAUUUCAUUGUUGCGAAGAAUAUCGGUGAAUACGUUGAGAAUCGAGGAGGGAGGGGGCGUAAGCGGCAGAAAGACGCGGGGUAAUUCGACGGAAAGACCGGUGUUUGUUCUACGGAACGAUGUCGAGCGUUAGCGGAAGGCGAAAAAUCGGGAAUAAAGAACGAGGCGACGGUGGUAAAGGAGAAUGAAGGGGGAAAGGGGAAGAAAGCCGUAGCAUAAAGAGGAAAGCAUUAGAAGAAAUAAUGGCAGUCGAUCGAAUCUCGGUCGCUCGUGACACCGAAAUUCGAGGCAGCGGGAGGCGACGCGACGCGGGCUAGAGAUAUCGUCCCUCGCUGGUUACGUAAUUUCUUCGAUUCUUGUCCUGAAACACAGACGCAACGAGCGAACAUUUAGACGAGUGUUAUCAUUCUCGAAGGAGAAUGGCUAUAUAUCCGUGGCAGCGAGUCGCACGAGGUCCUCAGUAGAAGAUGAUAGAGGACCAGGCGCAUCAACAUCCGGUACGACUACCUCCCGAUAAGCACGCCCGUAUCGAUGUUACAGGAGGCAGAUUCGAAAAUGAUCAAUGCAAAGAACCUCUGCUUUCCGAGAAGCAAACUUCCCACAGGAUAACACCGGUGGACGAAGCUCGUCCGCGUGCACAUGCCUCGGAAUCGACGGGCACGAGUUCGGUUACAGGCACGAAUAGCAUGGUCACGGCCACUGUCACGACCGCGAACUCGAACGCGUGGACGGACACCGUCGUCGGGGUUAAUACCGCCUUGGUCGCCGCUGCCGCCGCCACCGCCACCGCUACCGAAACCGUCGCAACCGCAACCGCCACUAACAACAAUAAAUCCCUCGACGACGAUUGCGUGCAGGUACCGAUCUUCGACGAAGGAACCACCGACAGCAGCCGCUUGCCCGACGUCGUAGCCGAGAGUAAAAUCUACGGCGUGACCGAGGACGAACCCCUCGAAUCUUACUUGGCAAUUACCAUUCAAGUUUUCAUACCGUUUCUUAUCGCUGGCCUUGGCAUGGUAGGAGCUGGAUUGGUUCUGGAUUUGGUUCAACAUUGGGUCGUGUUCGAUAAGGUCAGCGAACUAAUGAUCUUGGUACCGGCGCUAUUGGGCUUAAAAGGCAACUUGGAAAUGACCCUCGCAUCGCGUCUCUCUACUCAAGCGAAUCUUGGACACAUGGACACGCCGAAACAGCAGUGGUACAUGAUCGUUGGAAACCUAGUUCUCAUUCAAUGCCAAGCGAUAGUGGUUGGAUUUCUGGGCUCGGUAGUGGCGAUCGUGAUGGGGGCAUUUCGGAACGGUACCAUCUCGUUGGAUCACGCUUACCUGUUGUGCGCGAGCAGCCUGGUUACCGCGUCUUUGGCAUCGUUCGUCCUCGGAUUGAUCACCGCGGGAGUGAUCGUUUUCUCGCGACACUGUCACAUCAACCCGGACAACGUUGCGACCCCGAUAGCCGCGAGCCUCGGUGACAUCACGUCCUUGGCUCUGCUCUCUUGGAUCUCGACCAUUCUUUACGAGUCGAUAAACAAGCAAGAUUGGGUCGCGCCUCUCGUCAUAGCCUGCUACCUGUUGGUCACGCCGCUCUGGGUAUGGAUCGCCAAAAAGAACAGAUACACCAACGAUGUCCUUUAUUCCGGCUGGACUCCCGUCAUGAUCGCUAUGUUGAUCAGCAGUUGCGGCGGUUUGAUAUUAGAAUUCAUGGUGUCACGGUUCGAGAAUUUGACCGUCUUCCAACCGGUUAUCAACGGCGUGGGCGGAAAUUUGGUAGCGGUGCAGGCGAGCAGAAUAUCGACGGCUCUUCACAAACAAGCGGAACUAGGAACGCUUCUGAUACCGCCGGGUCACACGCAUCCCGUCAUUUUUAUCACGCCUAUCGCAAACUUUUUCGGUAAAGGUAUGCACGCGAGGACGACCAGGGUUCUAAUGGCGAUGGUUAUACCGGGUCACAUCAUUUUCAUUUAUCUGAUCAAUUAUAUGAAGGAUGGCAACACCUCGUUGACGCCUCUGUUCGUGUUCGUUUACCUCUGCGCCGCUAUGCUGCAAGUCGCUGCUCUCCUCUACAUCGCUUACAUCAUGAUACAUUGGAUGUGGAAACGAAAAAUCGAUCCCGACAAUUCAGCGAUUCCGUACUUGACAGCGAUGGGAGACUUACUGGGCAUCAGUUUGCUAGCGAUCGCUUUCCAAUUUCUCUAUCUCGUCGGCGAUCAGGAUUCCGAUCAACCGAUCGCUCCCUAAAAACGCGGACCGUUUAAAAUUCGGCCCGGUCGAAUUUUCUGAUCGGAUGCACACACUUUUCUGUCUCGACAGCUUACGACGCGUUGAUGCGCCGCGUCGAACAAUUUUAUUUCAACGGAAUUUCUUUUCUCUUCUACACCGAUCGUUAUUCUCGCGUCAUUGAUUUUCUUGCUCCUAACCUCCCUCUCUCUACCUCGCCCCCUCAAAUAAAAAUCGAACCGCGCGGAGAGGAACGAAAUCCUCUUCAUUAUCGAGACGUACAUACAAGCGAUUCGCUGAGGGAGAAUCACGUAAUUAUAUUAUGUCGCCCAGUCACACCGUGACCCUUAACGAGGCUGUGCUUUUACGAAAGUAUCGUAUAUCGUUGUACGGCGUUUCACGAAAAUCGGAUAAAGACAGUGUCUCCUCUUUUGUCAAAUCGAAAUGUUCGACUCGAUUCGAUUCCACUGUGUCGGGUGUCGUUUUGUCCUCAGGUAUCGGAUAAAUAAUACGUGAAAUUACGGGCUUUAUUUUUUAAACAAAACCAACAGAACUACGAGCAAAUUUAACCAAUUACGCUCGAAAGAAUCUUUAUUCGAUGCAUUUGCAACCGAUCACGAGAUUCGGAAGUGGUUUGCUAGUUCGAAGAUCGGACAAGACAUACGGAUAAUUUAUUUUUAAACGCUUCGGAAGACUCGUAACAAACUCUCUCGUCCGUUCUCUGUCGUCUCGAUCGACGAAAUCGGAACGAUAUAAAGUUACGCGAUCAGCCUGUACCUGUACGUACGUACCUACCUAACUAUGUACACUUACGCGUUUCGAUUGUUUUUAUAACCCAUGAUUCCGUUCAAGUCUUCCACCGAUGCUAGCUCACAUAGCGUGAAAACGACGCGCAACUUUAUCCUUUAAAACUUUACCUACUAUUUAGGCGAACAAACGGAUAGAAAAUUACGGACAUCGAACGGCAAAUCGAUUAACGUUAUCAUCCCUUUCUUCAUUUACCGUCGUUCCGGCUCGUCUUCUGCUCGUCUCGAUACGCGCGCGCGGUAAUCUUCCGGCAACGUUCAAUACUACUACUUUCUCUUAUCAAGUAAUAUUCGUAAUUUGUUUCAUAAGCGAAUCAAGAUCAAGAACGUAACAUCGUUCAACGUUGUCAAGCAGGAUUACCGUCAAUUUUCCACGUACCGCGCAUACAUUGUUCGUUUCCUUGAUAUACCGUUACCUGAAUCGAGCGAAAAGAAUACUCAAAAAUGCACGAUAAUUUGCGAACGCGUCACACCAUUUAUCUUGUUAUGUCAUCGCGCGAUCAAUAGUUUCGCUUCUCGACGAAACGAUCGAUAAAUCGCAAACUCAAUGUUCCCCAACCGGAAUCGGUUGUACGCGAAAUGUCAUGUUGUUCCCCUGACUCCGCUUCACACCUACCUAUCUACCCACACACACACACAUCACGCAUUGUUCAGGCUUUAUACUCGCGUGCGAGCGCUACAUACGCCUAAUGUUUCGACAACGUUGUAAAAAUCGAUAGGAAAAAGAACUAUACCAAAGAUUAGGCUAUAAAUAUAUCUUGACAAUAAUGUUUGUUUCAAGGAA